AUGACGACUGGAUCGAUGACUCUGAAGGAGUUGGUCUUCGACAACAGGGAAGAUAAACCACAGGAAGCCGCCUUUGCCCUACGAUUUCGAGACUGGAAGCUUGGACCGGAGCCCAAGCAGGAGCCCAAGAAGAAGUCCAAGAAGAAGAAGGAACCUGAGGAUCCUGUGGAUUUGGACAUGGAUCGAGUCAAAAGCUUCAUCGGAUGCGCAAUCAUGGAGGAGGUCGGCAUCAAGGACUCGUCAUACACCGACGAUGGUGGUGACGUCCGGGAAGUCGCCCAAUCCCCGGAUACCCGUCAUCAAACUAUGCCUACCAGCCAGGAGCUUAGAUCUUCUGACCUUUUCACCAACUACGGCGGAUUUCCUACUGUUAGGUGGUUAGGUGUUGGGUUGAAGAAGCUCCCUGAUUGCUACCGACUUAUCUCACACCCUGCCUCUCCUUUUGGCCUUGAUUUUCGACGAACUACGAUAUUCCAAUCUGAUACCAGCAUGAUCAAGUUCACCCUAUCCGACAGCCUUGCCGAGGUAUUCACCAAGAGGGCGAAAGGGUCGCCCGAGCCUGCACUCACGGCUAAGAAAACACCCUCCGUCGUCAAGUCCGCUAAAUCUGCCGAUGGGUCCUUCAAGGGUAUAUUGGUGUCGAAGCAUGAGACGAUGGCUAGCCUAGUGGAAGGGGUCAAAAGCAUCGAGACCUCCCCCAAGCCAUCACCCAAACCUUCGCCUAUGACACCGCCCAAGACUCUGAUCCAGAGCCCUAUCCAGAGCCAACCAGCUGAAAUUAAUGUUUCGAUGAAGGGCGCACCGGGAGGGUCUACCAGGAGCGAUGUGUCGCUAUCGGUAGCGUCAGAGACCUGCGCAACCUACAUUCCUGAGGGACUGGUCUCUAUUUCCCAGUGGGACAACAUUGUCGACGCUGCUUAUAGCGACGUCAUUCCCCCAUCUAUUGCAAAGAUCAGCCGGGAUGAGAGAUACCGCCGGCGUGAGGCCCGAAAGUAA